ACGAUCUUUAGGAGAUUUUUAUUUUUUAAAUAUUAAAACAUUAUAAUGGAAACGCCUUUUUUUAUUAGAUUCUCCCCCAGCCCGUCAUUCACAUACACUAACAGAUAUGAAUAAUGGAAAAAUGUAAAAAGUACUUUUUGGAGGAAUUAGUUCACCAGAAAAUAUAUAUUUUAACGAUUUGUGGGUUUUCGACUAUCAAAAUCUAUAAUUUGGCUCAAGUUUACCUGAUGUUUCAGGGGGAUUAUGGACGAAAAAAUAAAUAAAAGGUGAUAUUCCUAUAGCCCGAAGAGGCCAUCAUGCAAUGACAACAGAAGGGAACAUGUAUAUAUUUGGGGGUAGGGCACAUGAUGAUAAUGAUGAUACCUCAUAGAUUUACGCAUUAAGUUAUGAUACUUGGACAUGGAGAAAAAUAUUUACAAUAGGAAAACCACCCUCUCCACGAGGUUUCUUUAGUGCAACAUUAUUUACUAAUAAUAGAUUAGUGAUUUUCGGAGGAAUAGAUAAUAUUAAUAAUUAACCUUUAAAUUAAACUUAUAUAUUAUAAUUAGAUGAUUGGGUUUGGUCGGCUCCUUUUACUGCAGGAAAUAAGCCUUCUCCAAGAUAUCAACAUAGUUCGUGUUUUGUAAAAGAUGAUUUAAAUUAAUGCUAUAUUGUAAUUUUAGGAGGAAUAGGGUAAAUGUAUUGUUCUAUGGAGUUAAAUAUUUUAUAUGAAAGUGAUAGUAAUUAAUAAGAAGAAUGGGAAAAAAUCGAAAAAAUGUCUGAAAUGUAAAAAUUAAUUACUGAAGUUGCAGGAGUUAAUAUUGUUGAUAAUAGAAAAUAUAUUCAUAAUUUGGAAGAAUUAAUCAGUAAAGAAAGAUUAAAAAGUGUUUAGUUAUUAAAUGAAGCUAAUAAAAUUGAAUUAAAAAUGGUUGAAGCUGAAGAAAGAAAUGAUAAUUAAUUAGGAGCUUUAAAAUAACAAAUUCAUGAGCUUGAUUUUAAAUACGAAUGCAACUCAAAACUUAUUUAAGAUAUUUAUACUAUUAUUAAUUCAGAUUUAUAAAGAACUAAAGACGUUUAGUAAAUACUUAAUUCUUAAGAAAAGACUGUUUAAUAAAUGAGUGUUUAUAUUAAUGCUUUAGAAUCUUUAAUUUCUAAUCUAAAAAAAAGCAAAUUUGAUGAAACUGAUAUUAAAGAAUUUCGUUUAAAAAAACUUCUAAAUGAUAGUAAAGAUGAACAUAAAAAACAAAAAGAACUUUAUAAAGAAAGUCAUUCAAAAUGUAAAAAGCAAAUCGAGAAAAUUAAUAAGUUUAUUGAAUAAUUAGAGAUGCAACUUCAAAUAACUAAUCAGGAAAUUUAAUUUAAAGACGAAGAUGAAGCAGCCGAUUAUUGA